CUGCACACUUCCCCUGAGAGCGGAGUCGAAGCCCCCAGCGUCCUCUCUGUCAGCUGCACGCCCGCCACCGAGAGCUCAGUGUUGAUUUGGGGUGAUGGCUUCCUUUGAGGAUAUCCUGGAUUUUUUCAACACCACGGAGUAUGAAGGGACCGGAGAUUACAUCAAGGAGGAGCCCGUGAUGUUGUGCGACAAGACGGCUGUCAACCACUUCGGCACACGGCUCCUGCCGACCUUCUACUAUGUCAUCUUCCUCUUCAGCCUCCUGGGCAACGGGCUGGUUCUGUGCAUCAUCUACAAGUACGAGAAGCUCAGCACCGUCACCAACGUCUUCCUCCUCAACCUGGUCAUCUCCGACCUGGUGUUCACGUUCAGCCUGCCGUUCUGGGCCUCCUACUACUCUUCAGAGUGGAUCUUCGGGAGUGGAGUCUGCAAGCUGGUGAGCGGCAUCUACUACAUGGGCUUCUACAGCUCCAUCCUCUUCCUCACCCUCAUGACCUUUGACCGCUACCUGGCCGUGGUGCACGCCGUCACCGCCGCCAAGAGUAGGCGCUUGACCUACGCCAUGCUGUCCUCCAUCGCCGUGUGGGCUGUCAGCAUCCUCGCCACCAUCAAGGACUUCGUCCUCCACGACGUGCGGGAGGACAGCCGCUACGGAGUGCUCUGUGAGGAGCUGGGCUACUCGAAAGACGUAAUGGCCGUGUGGCAGCUGGUGGGGUACUACCAGCAAUUUGUGUUGUUUUUCUUGGUGCCGCUGGGUGUGGUAAUCUACUGCUAUGUGCGCAUAACCCUGAGGAUUUUCCACACCCGCAUGAAGGAGAAAUGUAGGGCGGUGAAGCUCAUAUUCGUCAUAAUAGUCACCUUCUUCAUCUGCUGGACGCCCUUCAACGUGGUGAUCCUGCUGCGGGCGCUGCACAUCUCGGCCAACGGCACCUCGGGCUCGAUCACCGGCUCGGGAUCCUGCGGGGAUGAGCUGGACUACGCGCUCUACAUCACCCGCAACAUUGCCAUCCUCUACUGCUGCGUCAAUCCUGUCUUCUACACGUUCGUGGGGAAGAAGUUCCAGAGCCACUUCCGGCGGCUGCUGUCCAAGCACAUCCCCUGCCUGAAGACCCAGGUGCUGACCAGCCAAAGCAGCAGGACCACCUCCCACAGGAGUCCACAGACCCUUUAUGAAUACUAGAACAGACUCCUCUGAGAUUUGUACACAAAAUUUAUACAGUCUGGACAAAUUGCGAUAUCUGAAGAAGUAUCUUGACAUUUUGCAAACUAAUUUCAGUUGUGCAAGAAAAAAAAAAGAAAAAAAGAUAGUUUCAAGGCUAUUAUAAUGGAGUUGUCAAUCUGAUGUUGCCACCACUUUUUCAUAACAUACUGCCUAGA